CAGGCUUGUAAAAUAAGCUUUGUGCAGCUUCACGCUGAUGCUGUUUGUUGUGUGUACAAAAGGAUGGAUACUUGGAAGGCUUAUGAUGUUCACAGAGGAGGAUGUGCGAGAACGUGAAUGUGUUUGUGUGUUUGCAUUCGGUGAACCUCUGAACCUUCCGCUGCUGGUCCGACAUACAUCCCAGUGGACCUGACCAGAGCAGUCCCGUUUGGAUUUGUGUUGUUCGUGUGUGUCUGGAGGAGUUGGAUGUCUCUUUAUUGACAUGAUCAACAAGUGCACAUGAGUGGCUGGGUUACUGAUUACAGGCAAUGUCAUAGUUUGUUUGUGAUAAGAAUCUUGUGAUAAGCACAAAGUCCUGCCAGAUACAACAAGCCUUCUCCCACUUCACCACAUCCUUCCCAUCCCUCACAGGACCACUGCUGCCUCUCAGGUCCUUGUGUUUUUCUACGUCCGUGUAUCUGUUGACCACACAGCAGCAUCAUGAGUGUAGACUCACAAAAAACACGCAAGGCGUGCUGCUCCAACCUCAAGCUCUUCCUGGCCUCUCUGGCAUUUGUAUACUUCUCCAAAGCCUUUGGUGGAGCAUAUAUGAAGAGCUCCAUCACCCAGAUUGAGAGGCGCUUCGAUGUGCCCAGCUCCCUCAUCGGGGUUAUAGACGGCAGCUUUGAAAUGGGUAACCUACUGGUAAUAGCCUUUGUGAGCUACUUUGGUGCUAAGCUCCAUCGUCCCAGGCUGAUCGGUAUUGGCUGUGUGAUCAUGUCUGCUGGAUGUUUCCUCAUUUCCCUGCCUCACUUCCUACAGGGACUGUAUAAGUAUGAGACCAGUGUGUCUCACAAUGCAGAUGUGAACAGCACCGGGAGCAUCUUGCCGUGUCUGUCCAACCACAGCCGGGCUGAAGCAGAUAAGAUGCCCGAUUUAGAGACCAGAACAGCUUGUGAAAAGGCAGCCGGCUCGUACCUGUGGAUCUAUGUGUUCCUGGGAAACAUGCUGCGUGGAAUUGGAGAGACUCCCAUCAUGCCUCUGGGUGUGUCCUACCUGGAUGACUUCUCCAAAGAGGAGAACACUCCUUUUUAUUUGGCCUGCAUCCACACGGUGGGAAUCUUAGGACCUAUGUUUGGGUUCAUGCUCGGGUCCUUCCUUGCCAAGAUCUACGUGGACAUUGGAUCUGUGGAUUUAGACAGUAUCACCAUCAGCCACAAGGACUCCCGCUGGGUGGGGGCCUGGUGGUUGGGCUUCAUAGUGACCGGCACCGUGAUCCUGCUGUCCAGUAUCCCCUUCUGGUUCCUGCCCAAGUCUUUGCCCAAGCAGGGGGAAGAGGAGAGCCAGAGUAAAGGCACAGAGCUCACCACAGUGGCAGAGCAGGAAAUUUUCCUGCCAGAUGAAAACCAGGAUCGCGAGGAGAAGCCGGUCACGUUCCAGGAGCUCGCUAAAGUUCCGUCUCUGCGGCGACUCUUCAAGAACAGCAUCUUCACCCUGAUGGUUCUCACGUACCUGGUGGUCGUCAACGGCUUCAUCGGCAUGAUCACCUUCAAGCCAAAGUUCCUGGAGCAGGUUUACGGCCAAUCAGCCUCCAAAGCCAUUUUCCUCAUAGGUAUAAUGAACCUGCCAGCAGUAGCUUUGGGUAUCAUCACCGGAGGUUUUGUGCUAAAGCGUUACAAGCUGGGCGUCAUCGGAGCAGCCAGGGUGUCGAUCGCUGCCUCCAUCGGGUCCUUCUGUCUGCUUUGUGUGCAGGUCUUCAUCAGCUGUGAUAAUGCAGAGGUGGCCGGGGUCACCGUCACAUAUCAGGGGGCUCCUCAAGUGUCCUACAACCCGCAAACCUUGUUGUCACAGUGCAACUUGGGCUGUUCCUGCUCAAUGAAGCGCUGGGACCCAGUGUGCGCCUACAACGGAGUGACGUAUGCCUCGCCCUGCCUGGCUGGCUGCCGAUCAGCCACCGGCAACGGCAAGGAUACAAUGUUUCAUAACUGCACCUGCGCGGGGGAGAUGAUGGCUCCUGGCACGAACAUGUCCACUGUGCUGGGCCAGUGCACCAGGAGGAGCAACUGCGAUUACAUAUUCAAAAUCUACAUGGCUUUGUCCGCCCUGGCGUCUUUCAUCUCCGCCUGUGGGGGCACGCCAGGAUACAUCGUACUGCUCAGGUCCAUACAGCCCGACCUGAAGGCGCUGGCUUUGGGUAUGCAGACACUGAUAGUAAGAACUCUGGGUGGGAUCCCUCCGCCUAUAUAUUUCGGAGCCCUGAUUGACCGAACCUGUUUGAAGUGGGGGACCAAGCAGUGCGGGGGCCGCGGAGCGUGUCGAAUCUAUGAUGCGGAUUCAUUCAGAAUUACAUUCUUAGGGUUGAUUACUGGACUCUACUUCGUAUCCAACAUCCUCUGGGGAGGCCUCUACUACAAAAUCGUCAAGAGACAGAAGAAGUUAGCGCUGAGAAAUCAGGCCAAAGAAAAUGGACAGGAAGGGAACACAUUGGGCAAUGGACACGCCAGCAUCAGCAUUGCCAAAAACAAAGAAGAUGCGGACAAUGAGAGCACUAUUUAAGAUGUUUGAACAUCAUCGUAUAACGCAGGUGAACAGCACAGAUUGUCCACUGCCUACGUGCUGUGAUGCAUCCACACCGGACCACAUGCAGUCAUGGUACAGUGACAGGGACUCUUUGGUCUUCCAGCAGUACUUUUCAUUUUCACUCAGAAAACAUCUACUGCUGUUUGUUCACUUGAAAGGUCAAAGAGCAUCACUAGAGCUUGGUUUUAAUAUGAGCAACAAUCAAAAGACAUUAAAUGAUAUGCAAUCUGUACAUAAACCUAGAGGUCAUUUUGAGCUCUACUUCAAAACAUAAAGGGAACAUAAGCUGUUCCCUUAUUAUGAUGUUCAUUUAUGAAACAUAUGAUUUCAGAGGACGUGGGAACAAAUAUUGAAGAACAUUUGGCUUUGAGCUUGUGUCCACCAUUCUUACUUGAAUAGUAUUAGGUCAUCCUACAUCUUUACAUUCAAAGUGAUUUAUGUAUACAGUAUAUUUACAAUAUACAGUGUGUAUAGUGUAUAGUUUUAAAUACUAUUACAAGACAACUGUUUAAACUGCUAAAGUGCAUCACUUAGUAACAUGUUCAUGUUUUGUCAGUGAUUGACAACGUUUGCUUUUAUAGUUUUCAGUCAGUGGCGGGCCGUGCAUUUCACACCUAGGCCUUCAGUGAUGUCCUACACAGUCCUACCUGAAUUAUUCCACCUCUUAAUACCAUCAUUAUGUCAUACGAAACUAUACAUUUAGACAGAAAC